CGUGUCACUACUUAUAAACUUAUAUGUCUUAUCACGAGUUGUCAAGGAACAAGUAGUAAAUAAGAAAAAAAUAAGGAAAAAUCCAAAUUAAAGUUUGGGUCAAGUUUCAAAUUGUGUCCAAGGAUUGUUUAACAAAAAUUUUGGAAUUUCUGAAUCCAGAUAACUCAUUCGAAAAUUGUAUACAACAAAUAUUCAAAAUCGGAACGUAUGUAAUUUUAAAUAAGAUCUCCGUACAGCUCCAGGCACAAGAGAAAGUUUUCAGUGAAAUUAUAGAUAUGGCGUUAACAAGCGCUUUACAACAAAGUCGGACGAUAUUAAGAAAUGUAGGGCAGAAUUAUUUGAAAAAUAAUGUACGGAUAUUUUCUGUUAGCCCUCCAGUGCCAAACAAAAAGGAAGUGCAAGUAACAUUCAUAAAGGCUAAUGGAGAGAAAAUAAAAGCCAAAGGCAAAGUGGGUGAUUCACUUUUGGAUGUUGUGGUGAAUAAUAACAUUGACCUAGAUGGAUUUGGAGCUUGUGAGGGAACAUUAACAUGCUCCACAUGUCACUUGAUAUUUAAAAAAGAAGACUAUGAUGCCUUGCCUGAGAAAUUGACAGAUGAAGAGCUUGAUAUGUUAGACUUAGCAUAUGAUCUAACAGAUACAUCUAGAUGAACGUCUGAAGAUGCUGCUUCAUCUGUUCAAUGUAUUUUACCAAAAGUAUUGGAUUCUACACAUUCUAAUAUAAUUGGAUGAGCUUCACCAUAAGUUGUAUAAUAUUAAAGUAAAUGCAAAAUGUCAGUUAUUAGCUACUCCGUAACUUGCAAAAAUAGCCUAAUUUAUGAAUAUCUGUGGAAAAUUUCGAUGACGUGUGAAUAAUAUUACCUUAAUUUUAUACUACAUAGCU